AUGAGCUUCACGUUAAGGACGCAGCUACUUCUCAAGCUAUUCUUCUUAUGCCUCUUUGCCAUAUUGUUGUGCUCACGGCAAUUACAUACUGACAGAUUUAUAGUAACUUCAGUCAGCGAGCAUCGUGGCGGAAGUCAGUUGCAGCGAACACAACCAACCCUAGUGGUCUACGUUCUCAGCUUCGAGGAUGCAGCCUACAUUGAAAACUUUAAGUUCUUCGUUAUAGAGGCCGUGUACUUUUUAAUAAUUGGUAAUGCAGUCACCGUGUACAUCAUGCUCGCCCCGGGCAAAGACCGUUUGUUAGGCCGUAAAUUGUUUUUUUCCCGCAGGGCGGACAAUGAGCUCGUGGAACGGUUUGUGCUGGUUAGCUCGGCAGUCAAGGGCCCAUUCAUACCCCCGGCCAUGCGUGAUGUCGUAACAUGGCACGUGGCUCUGGGCCAGGGCCUGGGGACGGCCGCUGGGCUGGCAGGCGGCGUUGUGAGCUGCGCACAGCCCUCAGAGCGCCGGGAGUUGGGGGAAUCGGAGCUGCCUUUGAAUCCCUUCCUGGAUUUCACUGCGCUGGCGGCUACAAGGGCCGCCAUUAUCGAGUUGCUGCGUCUGCCGAACGAGCAAUUUGAGUGCCCGGCUGCGGAGGCAAAACUUUCCAGGGAGCCUGCUGUCGCAGUCUAUAGCGCCGCGCUCCUGGCCAUGGAUGGUCUGACAGCCGCGGAAGCGGAAGCCAUGAAGGGGCUGCGUGCUUGGAGCGCUGCCGUACUGGGCGCCGGGAUGGGGCUGUCGUCACUGGUCGUGCGGCAGCAGGGUGUAGACUGGUCCGACAAGCAGAUGUGGAGAUGUAACGGAGGGCUAUCUCCCCUCCUCGAACGGGCAAAUGAUGGCUUGUCACUGCUGCCAUUCGAGGCAAUGUUCCUGCCCGUCAGUGAAUACGAUGACGUUGACAUGCCAUACGGCGCUGCUGGAGAAUUCGCGCGGGCUUAUUCAGAGUGGAUGUUGGCGGCGAGCAUAAUUGGUGUUGCGCCGAGUAAGGGUAUGGUGGAGCAGGAGGUGGGGAGGAAGGUUGGCCAAGCAGUUCUGGGAACAGAGUCCGCCAGUCUGCAUACCUUCCCGUCCCAUAUGGAUCUGGCCGCUCGCAACAGCUACUAUCAGCUGGGCAGUGAGUACAAGCUGCCCGGGGUGCUGGUGGCGGUGGCACAAGGGGAGGACUGCUUUGAUGCUCGCUAUUUUCUGCAGGCCAACCCCGACGUUGUGGGGCUUAGCAACCAUGAGGCUUGGAAAUUUUUUGUGUUCUACGCACAGUUCCAGCCGCGGCCCUAUCGCCUUAAGUGCGGAGUGGACUGGAGCAAGUAUGGCCUGAAGGGAUCAGGGCCGGCAAUGACCGGGAGCUACAACCGCCGUCUGGACUUCAGGCUACUGCUUAGCGUGGUGAAAAUCUUUCCGUCUUGGUUUCGCAAGCUUGUUAGGGAUGUCAAGGUGAUUUCGCCAAACUAA